GGAGGGCAAAUUUGGCAAAAAAGUUUUCAAAAUGCCACGUAAGCACAAUAAUAAAGGCUUAAAGAAGAAGAAGAUGAAAGUGUUGUGUGAAGCCAAAAAGAAGAUAUGGAUUGGGUGUGAAGUGUGUGAAGCAGUAAAAGGAUUAGGCUAUUUGGAAAACUGAGUGAGUGAGUCAUUGGCUUAACUCUCUCUUCCAUGGCUUCAUUCCUUUCUUUAUCUCUACCCAAACUCACCACCACCAACAACAACAACUUCAUAAUAAAAGCUACAACAUCCACAACUACUACUCCCACAGACACCCUUAAUGAGAAAUUCAGCAGAAAAGGCAUCAAGUUCACAGAAAACGACAACAAAAUCCCUGUCGUUGAGUUAACAGUCAGAAAUGGUAGCUCAGUGAGUCUUCAAAUACCUGAAGCUCAUGUCACUUCAUACAAGCCUAAGGUGUAUUGGAAAGAUGAUGGUUUUGAAGAGGUUUUGUACACUCAUACCACUCCUACUAAAAAAACCAAAGGAGGCAUUGCUUUAAUUCUUAAUGAAGUCUCUAAUCCUCCUCUUAAUAAGCCCACUAAUAUCUCUACUAGAUUCUCUACUACUCCUAAGGCCGCCCCCGCCACAUCAUCACUCCUCGCUAACUCCCAAUGGAGUGUCAAAAACGUCGAUUCAGAUGCUAUCGACGCUCUUCAGGUGGAAUUGAGCAGCAGUAGUGGAAGUUUGGACAUAACAUAUGUGGUGACACUAUAUCCACUAAGCCUAGCCACAGCAGUGAUAGUGAAAAACAAUGGUCCAAAGCCAAUUACAAUGACUAAUGCCAUACUUAGUCAUUUUAAGUUCAAAAAAAGAAACAAGGCUGCCAUUCAAGGCUUAAGAACAUGUUCUUACUCCACUCAUCCUCCUUUGUCUUCCCCUUUCGAGCUCUUGUCUCCUGCCGAGGCCAUGAAGCCCGACGACUCUUCUGAUUGGUUUUCUGAGCCUGACCCUAAACCCGGAGUUUGGACUCAACAAGAUGUUCCUUUUACCAUUUUGAAAAAUAGACUUAGUAGAGUCUAUGCAGCUCAUCCUGAAGAGAGGAAGAAAGUUUUUUAUAACACUCCUCCUUCGAAGUAUGAAAUACUUGAUCAGGGAAAAGAGUUGUUUUAUAGAAUCAUAAGGAUGGGAUUUGAGGACAUAUACGUGUCAAGCCCCGGUUCGUUCCAUGAAAAAUAUGGGAAAGAGUAUUUUGCAUGCACUGGACCUGCUUCUAUUCUAGUACCUGUAAUUGUUAAACCUGGUGAAGAUUGGAGAGGAGCUCAGGUCAUUGAGCAUGAUAAUUUGUAAUUACAUUUCAAAUUUUUACAUAUAAUAAGUUUUGUUUAUAUGAAAAUAUUGAUUGUUCAUAUGAUGACCUCUUCAACUUUUGCAA